AUGGACUUAAUCAGGCCAUUCCCUUGCGCUAAAGGGAGCCUCCGAUAUGCGGUCGUGGUUUUGGAGUACUUCUCCAAAUGGAUCGAGGUUGAGCCCCUCAGGGAAAUCAAUCCAAGAAUGUCCAGAAAUUCUUCUGGAAAAACUUCAUAUGCUGCUUGGGUGUCCCACUGCACCUUUGACUUACACCCUUUCUGGGAGUUCUGCGCCAACCUUGGCACCGAGAUCUGCUUUCCCGUGGUUUGUCACCCACAAUCCAAUGGGGUGGUCAACUGCACCAAUGGCAACAUCCUCUAUAUGCUAAACCGAUGUAUCGUCGGCCUCGCUAAAAUCCUAUGGGUCGAAGAGCUCCCAAAUGUGUUGUGGUUCCUCCACACUAUGGUCACCCACCCCACCAGGUUUACUCCCUUCCGUCUCCUAUUCAGCGACGAAGCCAUGAAUCUGGCAAAAAUCAAGGGAUGCUCCCUUUGGGUUCACUUGUUAGAGACUAUCGGAGAAAGAGAAGUAUCCCUCGACCUUGCAAAAGGCACUAGGCUUCAUGCCAUCCAGAACCUUGACCGCUACAUCGCUAAAACCAAGGCUUGGCUGCUACUGACUGAGUACUUCUCUCUGAAUAGUUGCGCUGCACAUGCCGCUGCUCUUGACUCUUGUCUUCCUCGCCUUCUCUUUCUUUCCCUUGUGCAGCUCCUCACAUGGCUACAAUGGCAGUGCCAGCAAGAGCAAGGCGUCCUAUCCCCCAGUUGUCCCUGCACAAGCUUCAGCAGCAGCUCAUCUUCACUAUUCUUCUUCUCCUCCCUGAGCUUGCACUGCUACGCAGGGGCAGUGGGUUACAGUGAGCAGGAAGGCGACCGGGUGGGGUUUCUCCCCGCGCAGCCGAGGAGCCCUCCGGUGUCGCAGUUCUCAGGGUACGUCACCGUGAACGAGCACAAUGGCAGGGCGCUCUUCGACUGGUUCUUCGAGGCCCAGGCGUCGCCCUGGCAGAAGCCUCUCCUGCUCUGGCUCAAUAGAGGGUCACCAGAUACGGAGCAGGGCUUGACUUCAACAAGUUUGCGUGGAACAGAGUUUCCUCUUGGGGUUUGCUUCUCCUACACCUACACAUCCUCCGAUCUCACCAAACUGGAUGACGCUUUCGUAGCUGAGGAUGCGUACAAGUUCGUAGUAAAUUGGUUCAUGAGGUUCCCGCAGUACAAGGACGGUGAAUUUUAUAUCUCCGGAGAGAGCUACGCAGGUCACUAUGUGCCACAGCUUGCUGAACUCGUGAUGAACAGGUUGAAUUUCAGAAAUUGAAGCCACCAACAUUUUCAAUAAUGUUUCUACUUCGGAGAUUGGCCCAGGUUCGGUAGGGGUAGAUGAGUGAUGGAGGGUCUUUGAGGCUGCUGGCCCGUUUGUUGGAGCAAGAGUUCGUCUUGCCCUAACAAGUACGGCGAAAAUUUCUUUUAAGGAGAAGACUCAAGUUUGGAGACAAAGUUUAAGAGAAAGGAACAUCACGAAUGUAUUGAUGGUAGAAAAAUGGAUCGCUCUGGGAGGAGUAUCACAACGUAACUUGUGUGUUUUCACCUUUGUGUCUUUUUUUGUUGUCUUGCACGUCCCCUGCCCAGAGGAUCGUGGCCUCCUAUUUAUAGGCCAUGCGUAGCUUGGCAUACAAGUUAUCAUAAUGUACAAAUAUCUGGGAUAUGACCGAAUUACUAGGCCUUAUCCCGGAUAACUACUUUCUACCUGAUCGGUGGAGAUAAAUAUCCAUUGUGGUAACUA